AUUUGCUGUGGAACUCUGUUGUACGUGGUAAUACUUUACUGACCGUACUUUUGUUUUAUUAUUUUAGCACUACAAAUCUAGUGCUAUCUUUGAUGAAGCGUUGGAUUUCUUGAACUUGUUUUUCACGUCUGUGUUUGCGUUGGAAUUUAUCUGCAAAGUGUUCGCUCUGACGUUUAGGCACCAUUUCAUGAGCCCAUCGUUUGACGAAAUACUUGACACUAUGAAUUUGAUAUUUACUGGAAUAUUUGCAAUGGAGUUUGCGUUGAAAGUGAUCGCAUUUAGGUGCAAGAACUACUUCGGGGACGCGUGGAACGUGUUCGACUUCAUCAUCGUCUUAGGCAGCUUCAUCGAUAUUAUUUAUGGCAAAGUCAGCCCUGGUUCCAAUAUAAUCAGUAUCAAUUUCUUUCGCCUGUUUCGAGUGAUGCGUUUGGUGAAGUUGCUGAGUCGCGGCGAAGGCAUCCGCACGUUGUUGUGGACGUUCAUGAAGUCAUUUCAGGCGCUUCCUUACGUCGCCUUGCUCAUCGUGUUACUUUUCUUCAUCUACGCUGUGAUCGGAAUGCAGGUGUUCGGCAAAAUUGCCUUGAAUCCGAAUACCUCAAUACACCGCAACAACAACUUCCAAACGUUUCCGGCGGCGGUUCUUGUCCUGUUCCGGUCAGCCACUGGCGAAGCGUGGCAAAAAAUCAUGUUGUCUUGUUCGAAUCGUCCAACAGCCGUCUGUGACCAAGAGUCUGACGACCGUGACCAGCCGUGCGGCAACGACUUUGCGUACCCGUACUUCAUUUCGUUCUUCAUGCUGUGCUCCUUUUUAGUGAGUGAUCUGAUUCAGAAGACGAAAGAUUGGUCGAUUCUUGGACCCCACCACUUGGACGAAUUCGUUCGCCUGUGGUCGGAAUACGAUCCUGACGCAAAGGGCAGAAUCAAACAUCUGGAUGUCGUGACGCUUCUGCGAAAGAUUUCACCGCCAUUGGGAUUUGGCAAGCUCUGUCCUCAUCGCCUUGCCUGCAAGAGGCUAGUGUCGAUGAACAUGCCCUUGAACUCAGACGGGACGGUGUGCUUCAAUUCGACGCUGUUCGCACUCGUUCGAACUAACCUGAAAAUCUACACUGAAGGUAAUCAGCAACACGCAUUGUUCGUAUGCAUAUGA